UAUUUCUCUUCAAAGUAGUUCUCUCAAAGCGAAUUUUACAUUUCGCUCUUCUACAAGUCCAACCAAAAAAAAAGUUAACGAACAAACCUAUUAUCCACACUCUGAUUACACCAAAUACAGCGAAGUAUAAUUGUACCUUUUGCAUUUUUAUAAAAAUUGUCUCUCCAGUUUUUAAUAAGUUUACAGUGAAAAAUUGAAAGAAAAACCAAUAAUACUAGCGAUUUGGAAGUGUUAAAUGAUGAAUUAAAGCAAAAAUAUAUGGUAAUUUGAAAACUAAAGUGUAUUAUUGGCAAGCAAAGCAACAACAAAACUAACAAUAAGAAGUCUUUGACGACCAUUAUAUACAAGGCGACUGCGACUACGGCAACCAAUAGCAGCAGAAAAAAAAAGUAAAAUAAAAGCAGGCAAAUACCAUCAUCAUCUAUCCCAACAACAACGAAGACGACGACGACAUCCAAAUGCUGGCAGAGCGACAUAGUACAUUAUCCAUCAACAACAAUUGCUUUUUAAUUUCCAAUCGUUCGUUAUGUUGUUCCAAACAAAUUGAAAAGGAAAAUUAUUCUGAAAAAAGUGAAGUUGAUACAAAAUACAAGAGUUUAUAAUUAAUUUGAUAAUAAUAGACUACGCAUUAAAAGUAAAUAUCUACAUACAAAGUGCGGCAAGGUGCAUAAUUUAAUUCUUUCUGAAAUAUGUACCAAUGCCUAACGGAGGAUCAAUAAAUUUCAGUUAUCUACAUAUGAGCGUAAAAUGAAAUGGAAGUAUUUUAAUACUUGACCGGUUAACAAAACAAUUCUAGUGCAUUUAGCAAUAAAGAAGAAUAUUCUACCUACCGCAAAAAGACAACAUAGGCUGGCUAAAAUGUAUGAAAACAUUGAUGCAACAAGUAACCUGAGCCACCAAUUGCUGCAACGUGAAAGCAAUCUUCAAUUCCGUGGUAGCUCACAAUCAUUCAAAGCCCGUCUAUAUCGUGAGCGUCUACGGAUUGCCCGCAACUUAUAUAAAACAGAUCUGAAAGGCCAUUUCGGUUGUGUCAAUGCUAUUGAAUUUUCGCAUGGCGGGCAAUAUCUGGCUUCAGGUGGUGAUGACAAACGUGUUUUAGUAUGGGAUAUUGAAAAAUCAUUGGCUGGAACUGUCGGACCCAGGGCCUUGGCCACAGAACAAUCCAGCAAUAUAUUUUGUCUUGGCUUCGAUAGUAAAAAUCGCAAAUUGAUCUCGGGUGGAAAUGAUGCCUUAGCUAUUUCUCAUGACUUUGAAACUGGUAAAUUGGAUAACGUUUUCAAACACGAUGAACCCGUCUAUGGCCUUUCUAUUGACCCACAAAAUGAUAGCAUUUUUGCCACAGCAUCUGAAAAUGGUGUUGUAUUGUUAUUUGAUCAACGCACCGAUCCCGCCGAUCCCCUUGUGGUGGCCUCAUUAUCUUCAUCAUUUCAUGCUGUUGAAUUCCAUCCAAAUAUGAGUCAUCUUUUGGUUACAGCUAAUUCGAAGAAGGGGGCAGCUUUAUAUGAUAUUCGUAAACCAAAAAAGCCAGUAAUACAAUAUGGAAAUCUUGAUAAUGUGUGCAGCUGUAUGAGUGUACGUUUCAACCGCACUGGCAAUCUAAUUUUGGGUUUACGCCGACGUUUAACACCUAUUUUAUAUAGUGUUAACUCUCCAGAAAGAAUUUGUACUUUCUACAAUGGCAAUUAUUAUAAUUCGUGUACCAUGAAAAGUUGUACCUUCGCUGGCGAAGAUGAUGAAUUAGUAAUAUCAGGGUCAGAUGAUUUUAAUUUAUAUGUUUGGCGUUUAUCCGAUAUAGACUUGGAGGGUGUUGAACAGUGGGUCGAACACACUCAAAUGGUUUUAUAUGGCCAUCGUUCAAUUGUCAACCAGGUACGCUACAAUAGACAAAAAUGCCUGUUGGCCUCUUCGGGUGUGGAAAAGAUUGUCAAGAUAUGGAGUCCAUUUGCCCAACCCAACUGGACUGGGACUUUAACAACAGAAGCCACGUGUUCAGAUAAUCCCCGUGAAUUAUAUUCACCAUACAAUCUAUUUACCAUGGCCCUACCAGAAAACUGGCAUCACUUGUCUCACGAUUACAGCAGUGAAAAUACCAACGAAGAUCCACGUAUGAUGGCAUUUUUCGAUUCGUUAAUACAACAAGAAAUCGAAGGUUGGGAUACCGAUUCAAGUUCCUCCGAUUCGGCCGAGGAAGAAAGAAGUAUUACAUCCAUAACACGUUCCAGUUGUGAAAGUAGUUCAAGCAGUAGCAGUUCCAGUAGUAGUUCUUCCUCAACCAGCACAACAUCACAGAGUAGCAGUAGCAGUUCAUCCAGCAGUUCUUCAUCGGCCGACAGUGAUAGUGAUAAUGAAAACAAUGCCUCAACUGUGAGAAAAAUUAGACGUUUGCGACGUGCAGCCAGACGCAGGCAGACAUUGGCACAACGAAGAGUGCAAAGAAAUCAUCAUCAACGUACGCCUCGUACCCACAGCAACCACAAACAGAAUAAAAAACCACGGAAACCUAAAGUGAAAUUGAAUCAAAUACAAAAACCUGCAAAUCGAAUAGCAUAUUUAAUCUCAAAAAAACGUAAUACAUUACGUCGUUUGGCAAUUAAAGGUGCCACUCUGGAUGGUCGACGUCCCCGCAAAUUGGUUGUGGUCGUAAAUGGACGUAAGAAACAAAAUAAUCAACGUCUUCCGGCUAAACGUAUGGCGGAAAACACCACUGCUGCAACAAAUGAUGCCGUCUGUAGUAAUAACGAAGAACCAACAACGUCAAAAGCGGCGGCUGCUGCUGCCGCAUUAGCUCCACGUGGUUCCAGUUCAUGUUAUCGCAAAUGUCGAAUGAAAAAAUCACCAAUAAGAAAAAAUGACUCCGCAAAUUGCUCAUCGACUGAAGAUUCGGGUAAUUUUGCUUUUAGCAGUUCUAGUCGCUCCAAUACUGUUGCUGCUGCUGCCACUGCCGCUGCAACCACAUCUCAAUCUCAAUCAUCUCACAACAAUAACAACAACACCAAUAAUGCAAAUAUUCCUAGUACCAGUACUGGCAUAACAUCAAAUUUUCGAGAUGCCUUCCUACGUUUGAGUCGUCAAAUAUUUAUGUCCGAUUCUGAAGAAGAUUCGGAUCAACAAAACUCAAAAAAUAUACCAACAUCUUCCCCAUCACACGAAGACGAUGGACAACAGGUUAAUAAGAAAAAGAUAAAUGGUGCCAAUAAAAAUCCAAAUGAAGAAAACUGUCCGGACCGGAGCAGCAAUGGUGAUGGCGGCGGCAGUCAUGAUAAAUUCAAACACAUGAGAAAGUCGCAAAAACCUAGAACAUCGGCGGCCCUAAAUGUGAUUAAUGCAACUGAAACAAUACUACCUCAACCAAAUUCUUCCCAUACCGAAUAUUUUGAACCACAAAGCUCAAGUCUAAAUCACAAUAGUCGCAUGAAUCGUCACAGUGGCAGUAGUAGUACGAGUACAGACAAUAGCAAUGCUGCCUAUGAUGAGACAAUGCAAAGUGCUGCUUCCAAUGGCAAUAAAUCUCCCAAGAAAAGACACUGUGAUGAGGAACCUGAGAACGCCUUCAAUCCCCAUAUUGAUGUGGCGGCAGCGGUCCCAUCCACUUCUUCAUCUACCCUCUCGUUAUCGGCCGCAUCAUCCUCAUCAUCGUCCUCGUACAAUUUACAAAAACCGGAAAUGGAAAAUGGUGAUUAUAAUGCUCAGGUCCAAUGUUCCAAUUUUUCAUCAUCAUCAUCAUCACCCCUGAAGAAACGUAAAAUCUCCCUCAAUGAUUACAUACACAUAAGGCGCAAUAGCAACAAUCUUGCAGAGAUGGAGGAAAAUAACAAUGAAACUAACAAUAAUGAUAUCUUCGGUUUGGUGGGUGAUCAUUUUCUAAAUGGCAAUGCCGGGGGCGGGGAGGACUACAAUCACAAUCAGGAGCAACAAAAUACCACACCUCAGAGGCCAACAAAUCUAAAUAACAGCAGCAGUAAUAUGUCAAUGUUUUUAAACAACAGCAACAUGAACAGCUCUUAUCUCUUCACCCCGGACAGUGGUGUCAGUUUAAAUAACUCGCUGACCACACCCAGUACCAUAGAACACAAUGACGAGGCUGAGAUCGCCUCCACAUCUCGCUACAUUAUGAGCCAUCGUUUGUCGCCAUGCCUGGAAGAAGAAGACACACACAAUGCAGACAAUGAAUGUCCUGCUGAUGUCAAUAGCAUGGAAAAUGGUGAAGAUGAAGGUGUUGUUACCCUAAAAAUUCAAAGAUAUCAACAGAAAUUAUCGCGUUAUGAACAAAAAUUGGCCAGAGUACGUCGUAAUUAUCGUAAACAAUUUGUUGAUGAUUCGGAAAGUGAAUAAAGAAAAAGAAGAAGAAAAAAACACAAACAAACAACAUAAAAACUUAGUUCCAUAAUUGUCAUAUAGUUUAGAGACAUAAAAAAUAACUAACCUUUACACCCCUCCCGCUCCCUUUACAUAUUCAUACAACUUUAGGAGACUUGAAAGAAAUAAGACUUGCACAAUAGUGUGUCCUAUUAAUAAUUGAAUUUUUUUUUUUUUAAAUGGCAAAAUAAAAAUAAAUCAAAUUCGUUCCCGCUCUCUCUCUCUCUCUCAUCCCUAUUGGCCUCCACAACACUAAUCUGUUAUCUUCGAAUAAUGUCAAACUCAUUUUUUAUUAAUAAUGCACACAGUGCUGCAGCCAAAAUUAUCUCUUUGUAAAAUGUAUUCAUUUGUUUUGGCUUGGUUACUUCAUUUAAAAUAUAUGUGAAUAAAAUUUAAAAUUGAAAUAAAGAAUAAGAUAUUUCGAAAUGUGUUUAUGAA